GAUUACAUGAAUAUAAUAUCAAAUAAUGGAUAGAUUAACAUUAGAUUUAAAAUACAAAAUGAGUAAUGGGUAAAUAAUAAAAAAUUGAAUAAGAGAGAAAUAUAAAAUUAAAAUAAUAAUAAAUGAUGAAGCUUCCUGCUAGUUAUAGAGAUCCAAAGAUAUUUAACAACAAAUAUAUAAUCAAAUAAUAGAUUUCAUCAGGUUCAUUUGGUAUCGUGUAUUUGGCAUUUGAUAAGCACACAAGAGAAGAAGUGGCUGUAAAAAUAGAAAAGGAAGAGAAUGAAGAUGUGAGUUCACUUGAUAGAGAAAUAUCUAUCUUAAAUCGUUUAAAUGGAGUACCUGGAACACCUAAACUUUAUUGGAGUGGAUUUGAAUAAGACUAUAAUGUAAUUGUAAUACAAAUUUUGGGGAAGGAUCUUAGUUAACAUAUCAAGCAAUAUAAAAAGUUUAGUUUGAAAAGUGUAUUACAGAUUUCAUAUUAAUUGCUUUCUACACUUUAAUUAGUACAUGAAAGAGGUGUUAUACAUAGAGAUUUCAAACCAGAAAACAUUUUAACAGGAUAUCAAUAAGAGAAUGGCACUAUUUAUUUGGUUGAUUAUGGAGUCUCAAAGAUCUAUUUAGAUAAUAAUGGAAAACACAUGUACUGAAUUUACCUAAGGCAAAGCCCACUUAAAGACAAGAAAUCAUUUAUCGGGACUACAAGAUAUGCAUCUAUUGCAGCACAUCGAGGCUACGAAUUGGGUAGAAAAGAUGAUGUAGAAUCAAUGUUUUAUGUUAUGAUAUAUCUCUUAAAAGGGUAGAGAGAACUUUCUUUAUAUUAGAAAAUUGCCUUGGUAAAAUUUACAAAAUAUUGGAGAUAGAGACAGAACUGAUGUUGUUGGAGAAGUCAAAUUUAAAACAGAAGUACCUGAAUUAUGUAAAGAUGUUCCAUCUGAAUUUGCUGAAAUCUUUAAGUAUUCUAUUUUUUUAUUAUUUAGUUAUUUAAAAAAGUUAGAAUUUAAAUCUGAACCGGAUUACAAAUAUAUGUUAUCUUUGUUACUUAAGGCUGCAACUAAUAAUCAUAUAAUACUUGAUAAAUAAUUUGAAUGGACAGAUCGGCAAACAAAAAUAAAAGAUCAAAUAAUUUGGGCUUUAUCUGAAGAGAAAUAAAAGAUACCUUAAAUGAAUAGUUCAUAAUAAAUAAUGGGUUUCAAUAAUCUCUUAAAACCUCCAGAAGCAAUGAGAGCAACAGGAGGUAGUCCCAUUCGAAUGGAGUCUAAACAUCUCACAUAGACAUCUAUUUAAGGUUCAUUGUCAUCGAUGAUGAUAAAAUACAUACCUUCUUAAAUAGAAAAUACUAGUAUGUGUAAUCAAGAUGAUAAACGUUCAAAAAGCAAGAAAAGUAAAAGAAGUAGAAAGAGUGCUAAAUCUUCUAAACGUCAAUCAGUAAUCUUUCAUAGUGGAGUUUAAAUAAUAGAACCAAAAGAUUAACUUAGAGUAACUAAAUAUUAAUUUUUAGAGACAUAAAACAAUAGAUUCAACUUGGGGAUUUUAAUAAUGUAUGAAUGAAUUUAGUGGAGAUGAAGAUUCUUAAAAGCUCUCUAAAAAAUAUGAUCAAUUAUAAGCAUACAGUCUUCAUCCUAAGAAAAUACCAAAAAAUACUUCUAAAUUAUGA